AUGAUUGAGCAGCUUGAAAACCUUGGACUUUACCUCAAUCAGCCAGAGCCAGCAAUUAUAUGCAUUCAAUGCAAGUUCGCCCUUAAGGCUGAUGGGGACUGUAUCUCGCGGCACCUUGGAGAGCGGCAUGGCAUCUCCAAGCCGGCUCGCCGAGGGCUUGGCCCAUUUAUCCGGACCUUUCGUCUUCCAGACCCAGAGACAUUGCCGGUGCGGUUAGAUGGCUCUUCGCCCCACCCUCACCUCCGCAUCCAGCAAGGCGCUGCCUGCAGACAUUGCGGGCUCCGAUCGACUAGCCUCGAGGUUCUCACUCGGCACUUAAAGAAAGUCCACUCCCAGAAUAUCCAGCAUAGCAGAGGAUGCGGCUUCCUUAAGAGUCACUGGCUGCAGGACCAUAUCCUGGACCGACUUAGCCUCCAGACCUGGACCCCCCAGGGACCACACACGCCCGCCACCAUAUACCAGGCGCCAGAAGCUAUACAAAUCUUUACCAAAGAACUCUAUGCCAGAGAGCAGCAAUAUCUCUCCCAACAACAAGUAGGAGGUAAUCUGCCGCAACCUACUGGCCAGCCAACAAGCGCAACUGAUGCUACCCUCUUGACAAACUGGAUGCGCCGAACUGGCUGGGAGGAGACUUUCCGCAACACACAACGAGACCUAAUCAUCGCGAUGGCUCAGUGCCCUCUCAAGGAUAACUCAGGGCCCCUAUGGCUUGCCAAUUACAAGGAUGAGGCUCUAAUAAGCAGUCAAGAGGACGAGCACAAGCUUGCUCGGAUUAUGGCCGCCCUUGACCGUCUCUUUGAACGCUCAAACGAUACCAUCAAGCAUACUGACAUUUCUCUCCGGCGAUGGCUUCGCGGUAUAUAUCCUGACCGACCCUAUAAACGUCCAUUUGAGCUAGUUGUUAAGCCUGGUACAGAGAGAAGAUACCGACAACGGUUUAAAAAGUGUCUGUGCUUCUGGUUUCGACUCUGGCUUUUGAGAAUGUACCCUUACUUAAUGAGGACGAGGAUGAGGACGAGGAUGAGGGUGAGAAUGAUGAAGAUAAUGAGGAGGAGGAAGAGGAGGAAGAAGAACACAAGAAGGACGAGGAUAAGGAAGAGGACAAAGACGCCAAUGCAUAUUUUACACAAUCACCACUACCACCAUCACCACCACCACAAGACCCCAAGGCCGACCUAG